AUGAAAUUGAAGACAACAGAGAUUUUUGAAUUGAGUGAAUUCCCAGUUGGCACAAGUCGGUGGUCGUCGUCGUACCCGUCGUGCGUGGAGACGUCGUGCCCCCCGCUGAAGUCAGUGGGCCCCCACCUGUCCGUGGUGGAGUAUAACUCGUCGUGUGGGGGCCGCGCGGUAUUCCAGUGCGCGUGGGGGUACCGACUGGUGGGGGCGCCGGGACUCGAGUGCGAGCUCGACGGGAACUGGUCCGGGGAGACCCCGCACUGUGCACCGAUAUACUGUCCCGAACCUCUGGUGCCUGAACACGGUCGUCUACUGACCGUCCCCAAGCACGGUCAGCACACGGUAGGCGACCUGGUCAGCUUUACGUGUGACGAUAUGUUCCAUCUGGCCGGCGAGGCGUCCAUUGUGUGCACCGAAACGGGAUUCUGGUCCCACCCACCCCCCUUCUGUGGUCCCGUCGAACAAACAGGCGUCGAUACCAUAUACGUUGAGAAUUCAACUCUAGUGCAUCUAGAUGAUUAAGUCGGUUAUUGUACGUGGUUUAGACUGUGCCACGGUUAGAAAGAGAGAAAAGAUCACGCUACCUAUAGAUAGAGGGAGCAUGACAUCUUACAUAUAGUAAUGAACACAAUAUUCUUACAUAGCGUAGGAGUUCUACUCGCAGAUUACAAGAUAACUCAUUUAAGGUACGAAAAUAUAAAAGGUUAUUAUAAAAUAAUUCUGAUCACUGAUACACAGAGACUAAUCGUUGUUGUCAAGUUGCACAAUCAAUUUUGAAUUUAACUCUCAACAAUUAAGAUACAAAAUCGAUUAGAGAUACGAAUAUAACCUAACGUGUUGUACAUUGUAAUGUCAAUAGCCUAAUUUGUGUAG